UGUCAGGUUGUAGCACGUUAGCUGUUCAUGACUUUGUUUGGGCGUUUCAACGAGUUUUUGAGCUUAAACCGCUAACGCUAGAGCUUUAUUUGUUACUUGUGCUAAAAUGUAUGGGUAGAAUUAAAUGAAUUUCAUUGACGUGGAUUUGGACUUAAAUGAUCAGACCCACGUGAACGUUUUGACACUCGAUGGGGAAAGCGUGCGUGUGCAUGAUGACACUUACCCGGUGAGUGAACCGGUGGUUUUUAUCAGUGUUUCUUUAUCAACGCAAUGAGGCAGACCGGGCUUGGGGUGUGAUCCGGUGCGGCGAUAGUAAAGAAGACAUCAUGAAGACAAGUUCAUACACAUGUUGAACCCCAGGUCCAGAGACAUGUUUCGACUCCGAGUCAGGCUCAGCUCCUCUUGCCUCCGGAGACUCCUCCAUCAGGGCACCGCUACCUGUGACCCAGUCCUGGACCAGAUCAAGCUCUGCUCUGUUGAGGACACUUUGUUCGACGUGGUGGGGAAAAACAAAGCCAAGCUGACCGUGGACCACGUCAGCUUUGCUGUGAAGAUGCUGUGGAAGUACCAGAAGGAGAGACCGGAACUGCUGAGAACUCAGGAUCUGCUGAAGGAUCACCCACAGUUCCUCACCCUCCGAGUUCUGGCAGAAAACAAGAUAACCCUAAUGGACGACAUCACGCUGGUCGACACGCUGUACAGUUUCCUCAGGCUCAAUGUGGAACCACACGACUCCCUCAUCCAGCAGUUGGUGUCAGAAGCAUGGAGAAGGCUGGACAGCCUUCCAAUGUCGGCCCUGUCCAAGUUUUCCAACUGCCUGAGUGAUCAGCAUCUCCAGCUCAGCCCCCUGAUGGGGCAGAUUGUGGAUAUUGUGGACCAGAGGUUGUCAUCUAUUGAUGAUGCCAGGAUUCUCACCACCCUGUCCGUCAGCAUCUGCUCGUUGGUGUCCCCCCGCCUUCGUGAUGCCCUGAUCGACCGGGCGGACCUCCUCCUGGACACCAUGGAGCCCACCAACAACAACAGCGCUCGCAGAAUCGUUCAGUUCCUGCGCAACAUGAAGUGCAGCCACCGGCCGCUGCUGGAGAAGUGCAACCGUGUGCUUUUGAGCAACAUUGACAAGCUAAAUGCAGAGAACCUGGGAAUCUUUCUGGGUCUCUAUCAGGCCCUGCAGUUCAACAACUACGACCUGACACUGGCUGCCAAAAAACGGCUCUUGGAGCUGAUGGACUGCAGCACGGAUCCCAUCUCCUUCACUAGGCUGUUUGUUGCCCUGGCACCUAUGGCCAGUGCUGAGACCAGAGAACAGUUGGAGAACACUGCUAUUCUUCUGGCGGAGGACUUCAAUGGCCAGCAGGCCUUGAUUAUACUAGAGAUGCUUGAAGAUACCAAAAGCAGGAACUUAAGUUUAAUUCACAGGAUUGUUUCCGUAAUCCGGAGGAACCUUCAUGUCUACAGAGCAGUGGAUGUCGCCAGAAUCACUCAAACUCUUCUAUAUUUGCAAUACCAGAACCCUGAACUCCUCAGAGAACUGAGAACUAUUUUACUCAACUACUUACAGCGCAGCAUCUUCCCAGGCGAGGUGACCAUGCUGACCCGUGUCAUCUCCACGCUGCCCCCCGCCCGCCUUGAGGAUGUCGUCACCUUGAGGGUGGACGCCGUGGUGGCCCAGUGCAAUUUGAGGGAACUCAGUAUUUUGUCUCUGGCCGUGGCAAAGUGGGUGCGCAGCGACUCAUCGUACUACCACAGCAACCACAGCAAGUACGUGCGCAUGAUGCAGACGCUGAACAGCUGCGGACACGAGCGCCUGCAAGCGGCCGAUAACCUGGACUUGUUCCUGGAAGAGUUGAGGUUUGUUUCUGGGGAAUGGUUUGAGGAGAUGAUGCUGGAGGAGACCAUUGAUACCCUGCUGAGGAUGAAGGACCAGAUCAACUGGAAGAAUCUGGGCGAUUUGGGAGUCUUCAUAUCCAAGAGCAAAUAUCUAUGUCCUCCACUGAUGGAUCACAUGGCCAGUGUCGCUGUGAAAGACAUCGAGAAGAUCGACCCUUGGUCUGUCUACGUUGUCCUGCUCCCAUUCUCUGUCCUGAAUUACUUUCCUGUUGGAGCAGAGGAGCUGUACGAUGUUUGCAUUCAGAGAUUCACUCCCCACAUGAGCUUUUUUGCCCCGCAUCUGCUGGUUCUCCUGGGCUACUCGCUUGCUCUGGCCGACAGUUUCCCAGAGGAGCUCAUCAAAGAAAUCUUCAGCAUCGAUUUCCUCAGGAAGCUCGACGCCCAGAUUGAAACUCUUCCUCAUGUGCUGAAGAUCCGCACCCGCAUGCGCCUCAUGGAGCUCAACCGCGCGGUGUGUCUGGAGUGUCCUGAAUAUCAAGUCCCCUGGUUUCAUGAGGAGUACUGCCAAAACUUGCAACGAAAAGCGAAUGGCUCCAUCACAUCGGUCCAGCAGCAAAUCCACAAAAUGCUAGCAGAGGUGCUGGGCCACAUCGACUGUGUCCAAGUUGCGACGGUCACGCCGUAUUUUUACUCUCUGGAUUUUGAAUGCAUACUUGACAAGAACCUGCAGCCCCUGCCUUACAAGAAGCUCAGCACGCUGCACGUCUCAGACGGAGGAAAGAUUCAGUGGGGCAGCAGCUCCCUGGAAAGUGCCACGCUUGAGCUGCCGCCUGGAGCGCAGAGGGUGGCCAUAGACUUCAUGGAUUCCAGGUCCUUCUGUAAGAACUCCCAUCACAUCAAAGGAGAUGCUCUGAUGAGGAGACGGCACCUGGAGAUUCUGGGAUACCGGGUUGUUCAGAUCCCUCACUUUGAGUGGAACUCCAUGGAACUCUCCACUAAGGAAGCGUGGGAAGAUUAUUUGAAAAAGAAAAUCUUUCUACAGACUGUCUGAAUAUUUAUGGAAGGAAAAUGACUUGAACUGAAGUUUGUAAUAAGUUUGGGGUUUGACUUGAACCUACCUCACUCAUGUUGAUGGACUCCUGCUUUUGUAGACUAAUAUUUUAA